AUGAAGCUCAAAGAGCUCGAAUCGCUGAUGCAGGACAUAGCGCCCUUUGAAGACCCCAAAAUAGAGCUGGAGCAGUACCCCACUGGGCCUCACAUAGCUGCGCGAAUGCUGUACACGGUAGCCAACAGCUACGACGAGUUUGAAGGGCAGACCGUGAUUGACCUGGGCUGCGGCACGGCGAUGCUCAGCAUAGGGGCCGCCAUGCUGGGGGCGCUGCACGUGGUGGGGGUGGAUGUGGACGGCGAUGCGCUGCGUGUGGCGCAGCAGAAUGCGGAGGAAUACGAAGAACCGCUGCCGAUAGACUUUGUGCGGUGCGAUGUGGGGCAGGUGGCGCUGCAGCGGCGCCUUCGAGCCGACACUGUCGUCAUGAACCCGCCCUUUGGCACCCGGCGAAAAGGCGCAGACGCGGAGUUCCUGCGCGCCGCCUUCCAGCUGUCUCGCAACAGCGUCUACUCCCUGCACAAGAGCAGCACGCGAGAGUACAUCCAGCGGCUGGCGGAGCGGGAGCUGCGGGCGGCGUCAGCGGAGGUGCUGGCGCAACUUAGAUACGACCUGCCAGCCAGCUACAAGUUUCACAAGCAGAAGAGCCGCGACAUCGAGGUGGAUCUGUGGCGGUUUGAGGUGCCGCCCCAGACCGACAGCUAG